UCCACCUACCUCCCCGUAGGUACCUACAUGUACUCACAAUAUUCUCGACCUCUUUUUGCACAUCCGCCUCCUCUCUGUUGUCAGCGCUCCCGCUGCACAUCCCAUCAUUCCUUCUCUUCCCGCUUUAUCGUCCCCUUCCUCUCCUUUCUGCUCUUACAUCCUUCGAAUCACGCGAGCCGAAGCGUCCUUGCAGUCACUCCGCUCCGCCUACCUUCUCCCGAAUCGCUUCAGCACGACGACAUACACGCACAUUCAGCUCCGCAUACACACAUUGUUCGCACCGCCAUCAUCGCUCCCUCGCCGAACAAGCCGCGACCUCGACCUUGCGAACCUCGCUUGUCUUGGUGACGUGCCGUGCGGUCGAUUUCUUUCCCCUAGCUUAGCGCAAUCGAAGAUGGCCUCGACACAGACCUCAGAGAAGACUAUCAGCGAGAAGCAACGACUCAAGCUCGCGAAGUUCGCCAUCAAGAAGGAAAAGCAAGAACAGCAGGCGCAGCAGGCGCAGCAACGACUCGACGGUGCUGCCAAGGAUAAGAAGCUCAAGAGGCAGGAUGCUCCUGCUGUCGAAUCACAAGAUUGGAUCGAAGAGACCCCAACUGGACGAAAGAAAAUCCUGAAAUCACUUGACGACGAAUUCCACAAGGCCUACAUACCGAAGGUCGUGGAAUCUGCCUGGUACAGCUUCUGGGAGGACCAAGGACUGUUCAAGCCACAAACACAAGAGAACGGCCGUCUGAAACCGAAAGGCAAAUACGUGAUUGCUAUACCACCGCCAAAUGUCACGGGCAAACUGCACAUUGGGCACGCUCUGGCGCUCUCGUUAGAAGACACCCUCAUCAGGUGGCAUCGUAUGCUGCAGUACUCGACCCUCUACAUUCCCGGCACCGACCAUGCAGGCAUUGCCACACAGGCCGUCGUCGAAAAGCAGCUCGCAAAGCACCCCAUCGACGGCAAAUCCAAAAGGCAGGACUUCAGUCGAGAGGAAUUUGUGCAGUUGUGCCAGGACUGGAAGGAGGACUACCACCGAGAGAUCAACAAAACGACACGUAGACUGGGCGUUUCCGUGGAUUGGUCGCGAGAAGCCUUUACCAUGAGCCCGCAAUUGUCCAAAGCCGUCACUGAAACGUUUGUGCAACUCCACUCGGAAGGCCUGAUAUAUCGAGCCAACAGGCUGGUGCAUUGGUCCUGUCGCCUCUCUACUGCUCUAUCUACCCUGGAAGUGGAUCAAAAAGAGCUUGAGGGAUCGACGAAGCUUGAUGUGCCUGGAUAUGACCGCAAGAUCGAAUUCGGAACUCUCACGUAUUUCAAAUACCCCAUCGAAGGGACCAACGGCCAGACCAUCGAAGUAGCAACAACAAGACCCGAGACGAUGCUUGGCGAUACUGCCAUUGCGGUGCACCCUCAGGACGACAGAUACAAGGAUUUUGUGGGCAAGACGGCGCUGCACCCCAUCAUACCCGAUAGAAAACUGAAAAUCAUCGCCGAUGAAUAUGUCGACAGAGAGUUUGGAACUGGUGCAGUGAAGCUCACCCCUGCCCACGAUCAUAAUGAUUUCAACCUGGGCAAGAAACAUAACCUGCCCUUCAUCAACAUCUUGAAUGAGGACGGUACUCUCAACAGCAACGCUGGUCACUAUGCCGGAGAGAAGAGAUUCAAUGCGAGGUAUGGUGUCAUUGAAGAGCUUAAAAGUUUGGGCCUCUUGACCAAGCAAGAGCCGAACAAGAUGGUCGUUCCGAUAUGCAGCCGAUCAGGAGAUGUCAUUGAGCCUUUACUGAAACCUCAGUGGUGGAUGAAAAUGCAACCUCUCAAAGAUCCGGCCAUCAAAGUUGUUGAAAGCGGCGAACUCGUCAUCCGGCCGGACGUGCAGAAACGCCAGUACUUGACCUGGAUGCGAGAUCUUCAAGACUGGUGUUUAUCGAGACAGCUAUGGUGGGGCCAUCAGAUACCGGCGUACUACAUCAGUUUCGAGGGUGAAGAAGCUGACAAUAAUGCGAACGAUGACUACUGGGUUUGCGGCGCGACAGAACAAGAGGCUCGGAGCAAGGCAGAGAAGAAAUUCCCGGGCAAAAAUGUGACACUGAAACGAGACGAAGACGUGCUGGACACCUGGUUUAGCUCUGGCCUCUGGCCGUUUAGUACCCUUGGAUGGCCAGACAAAACGCCAGAUCUGGAGAACUACUUUCCAACCACGACCCUGGAGACGGGGUGGGAUAUCGUACCUUUCUGGGUCAGCCGCAUGAUCAUGUUCUCCCUUAAGCUCACCGGCCAGGUGCCCUUCAAAGAGGUUUUUUGCCAUGGUUUGAUACGAGACAGCGAUGGGAGGAAAAUGUCCAAAUCUUUGGGGAAUGUGAUCGAUCCUAUCGACAUCCUGGAUGGGAUUUCUCUUGAUGAACUGCAUCAGAAGCUGUUGCAGGGGAAUCUUGCCCAGAGCGAAGUCAAGAACGCUGAAAGGUACCAGAAGAAGGCCUUUCCACAAGGAAUCCCAGAGGUUGGCGCCGAUGCCUUGCGCUUCUCCCUUGUCAACUACACUCAAGCAUCUGGCAGCGACAUCAAUUUCGAUGUCAAGACGAUGCACAGCUAUCGAAGAUUCUGCAACAAGAUCUACCAGGCUACGAAAUACGUACUCGGGAAGCUCGGCGAAGACUUUGUUCCUCGCGAAACGAGUGCUCUUGCAGGUAAGGAGAGUCUGCCCGAGAAGUGGAUUUUGACGAAGAUGAACAGUGCCGCGAAACAAAUCAAUCGCGCACUUGAGGAGCGCGAAUUUGCAAGGUCGACUCAGAUCAGCUAUCGAUACCUGUACGAUGAGCUGUUCGCCAUCUAUAUCGAGAAUUCCAAGUCGAUUAUCUCCGAGGGCACGACCGAAGAGGCUCGGUCGGCCAUGGAUACACUCUAUACGACACUGGAGACUGGCUUGCGGCUCCUCGCUCCCUUUAUGCCUUUCCUCACCGAAGAACUUUGGCAGAGGCUACCACGAAGGCCAGGCGAUGAUACCAUCUCAAUCACCGUCGCGCACUAUCCGGAAUAUGACCCGUCGUUGGAUGACGCGCGAUCCGAGACAGCCUAUGAGCUUGUACUGGGCUGUUCCAAAGGAAUUCGAUCUCUCAUGGUCGAAUAUGCUAUCAAGGACAAAGGUGUCGCUUAUAUCGCACCUCUGACUCAAAUGUCUCAUGAUACCGUAACUGCCCAGAUUUCCGCCAUCGAGUCUCUCAGUGGCAAGACACCAGUGGAAAUCACCAUACUACAGGUAGGAGAGGGCAUUACCACCAACUGCCGCUGUGCGGUAUUCCCUGUUUCUGCCGACGCGAAUGUCUAUCUGCUCGUCCAGGACCGCAUUCACGAUUUCGGGAAGGAGGCAGAAAAAUACCAGGCGAGAUUGGAUGCAGCGGAGAAGGAGCAACAUGACAUCGAAUCGAUCAGGGCAGACAUGAUGAAAGUGCAGAACAAGGAUGUCACUGACGCCCUGCAAGUGGUUGAGGUCCGAAAGCGAGACGUUGAGGCCAGAUUGCGGGCAUUGCAAGAGACUGUGACCAUGUUUGAGAAGAUGAAGGUCUAGAUAGACAGUGAAGAUAUGAGAAUGGUACUUAGGUAUAUACAGAUAUGUACCUAUAUAUACAACUCGUCCAUUCUUCU